GUAUUCUGCCAGAGCGGUCUGGCAAUUCACAGCCUCUUUUUCCGGGCCUGCUUCCCUACCCCGAGGUGCUUGACUGCAGAGGGGUGCCACUGGAAAGCUCUGCCGCGAAUUGGGCCAAGCGUCUCAUGAAUGAGUUUGUGGCUUGGUCUAACUUCGUGGUGCUAGGUUGCCCAGAGUGCAGGGAUAGCUGCUAUGAGCCGCGGGUGGUCUACCGGAGUCUCGAAGAAGUGAGGCUCUUCUCGGACAGGCUACUUGGCGAGGUUAUGGCUUUUUGUUCCCCGGAUUUGCUUAGGGAUUCCUUAAGUUUAGACGGGAAGAGGGGAGACUUGGACGCUCUCCUUCAGACUCUUGCUCGCUCUAUGCCGAGCCACGACGGCACCGUGCCCCAGGCUCCUCCUGAAAGCGGGGUGGCUCUGCCAGUGUUGGCUGAGCGCAUGGCGGUGCCAGAGGAGGCCGGGCAGGUGAAUCCAGCUGAUUGGUUGGAUCCCUUGAAGGCGGCGGUCUUUGAAAACCUUGAGAGUUUGCGCCUCCCCGAGGAAGCUUGGCAGGAGAUUCCAAUCAGCUGCCACCGAGUUCCUCUCGACCAAGAGGCCGCAGUGAUGCAGAAGUUGCUUGACACCAACAUGGUGGUUUUAGUGCCAGAGUCUGACCUGCCGAGGGCGCAGAAUGGAAAGCUCCUCGUUGGAGGCCUCUUCGCUGUGAAGAAGAACAGCUCAGAGGACCGUCUGAUUUUCGACAGGCGCCCAGAGAACGCGACAAUGCGGCGCUUGCGUUGGGCAUCGUUGCCCAGCGGAGCUUGCUUCACCUGCAUGCUGCUCAGAUCCAAUGAGUACGUCAGGGGCUCCGGUGACGACUUACGUAACUUCUACUACGCCCUCGGGCUGCCCGAGACCUGGAUCAGGUACAACGCUGUCGGUCGCCGAGUGGAUCCCAAGAUCGUGGCCGCAAAGGGCUUGGACCCCAGAGUACCUCACAGAGCUUGCUUCAGGGUGCUCGGGAUGGGAGACAUCAACGCCUGCGAUGUGGCGCAGGCUACUCAUGAAAGCAUACUGCGUGAUGCCGGACUGCUGGAGCCUGAGACAGUUUUGGUGUACGGGAAGAGUGCACCGCUAACUGACAUUUGGGAAGGCGUGUACUUGGACGACCUUCUCGUGGCAAAGCGCUGCACUUACCACAGUGAGGUGCCGCUUGAUGGAAAUUUCGCUCCUCCGCCGGCGCAGGAGGAUGAUGAGGACAUGCAGAGGGUGGCCAAGGCAGAGUCUGCAUACCAGAGCGCGGGCCUGAAGAGAGCUACGCACAAGGCCUUCCGGGCGGAGGUCCAGUUCAAAGCGUGGGGCGCCGAAGUUGACGGAGUGCUAGGACGAGUUUCGGGUCCUCUCGCUGCUCGCCGACAGGUGUGGGUGCUGAUCCGCAAGGUCGUCGCCUUGGGGCGCUGCACCAAGCUAGCUCUUCAGCGAUUGCUCGGCUUGAUCACUUUCCACUUGCAGUUUCGGCGGGAGUUGUUUAGCUUGCAGCAUCACGUGUAUAAGUUCCUCGCGAGCAUGCCAGACCACGAGAUUGUCUGGCUCCCAAGCUUCGUGAUUGACGAGUUGCGCAGCUUAGCUCUUCACCUCCCCUUCUGCUACACAAACCUGCGAAGGUCCAUCGCCGACAAGGCGCUGGCGACCGACGCGACACCGCCUUCAGGAGGGGCGGUCUUGGCCUCAGUGAGGCGCUUCGAUCGACUUGAUCGAGGCUCUGCUUUCCUCGAGGAUGCAGGGGAGCCCAAAGCACCUUCAAUCUUUGCUAGCGUUGCAGCGGAGUGUAUGGAAUGGGAGCCGGUGGCCUCCUACCACUUCAGGCAUACAUCGCACAUCAAUCUGCAAGAAGCCCGGGCCCUGAAGCGCGAGCUGGUGAAGUUUGCUUCAGUUCAUGCCCUUGCCAGCGCCGUGUCGGCCCCCGCAGUGGCUUCGAAGGUUUGGGCUAAUGCAUCGCCUGUGUGUUGUGAAAUGCUGGACCCCGUUGACAUUCUGUACGGCAAAGACGCGUUGGAAGCUCAAUGGGGCCAGGCUUGGCCCGCUCACCAACCUCGCAAGUUCCUGAGACUCAACGGGUGGCCUGAAGGCUGCGAGCUCCACCCUCGCGUGGCGAUCGAGAAUCACCUGUGGCGUCAUGCAGUGCGCCUAGCCAGUCUAGCCUAUGAAAACGGGAUCCCUUUCUUCCUCGAGCACCCUCUGCGCAGCAAGGCGUGGCAGUUUCGUGAGAUUGAGUUGCUUCGCGAGAAGGCUGGGGUCUCACGACACAUUCUUCACAUGUGUGCCUACAGUAACGUGAAUAAUGGUGAGCUGCCCUACAAGAAGCCUACAUGCAUCCUCACUUCAGCCCCUUGGUUCGGAGCAGUGGUGAAAACUUGUCCUGGCUGUACUUUGCAUGGGGGACCACCGCGCGAGCCUCGUCUUAGACAGACUGGUGAGUAUCCCCGAGCUCUUUGCGAUUCGAUUGCCGGUGCUUUCGUGAAGUGGUGUGAUGACCGGGCGUCUCCAGAAC